UGGCUUGGAUAUUACCGUGUAACAAUUGGCUGUUUCCUAUUGUUUAUUUCUGACACUGGGGAGUGGAUUUGAUUUACUUUUUUGAAAGGAAGAAAAACAAUUACCAUCAACUAUGGCUGUUUUGCACCAAUGCCCCUUGGUGAAGAGCUGGAUGCUGCAGCUGAUUCUGUUCCACAGAGCAUGGGAAAUGGGAAGAGGGCAGCUCCAUUAUUCUGUUCCUGAGGAAUCCCAGCAUGGCACCUUUGUGGGCCGCAUUGCCCAAGAUCUGGGCCUGGAGGUGGAUGAGCUCAUGCCUCGGAUGUUUCGUAUGAUGUCCCAAGGCCGUGGAGAUUAUUUUGAGGUAAAUGUACAAAAUGGAAUUUUAUUUGUUAAUUCACGGAUAGACCGGGAGGAGCUGUGUGCCCAGAUCCCUGUAUGCAUGGUUCAUCUGGAGGUGAUCCUGGAUAAACCUUUGAAGGUCUUCCAUGUUGAAGUAGAGAUCAAGGAUAUCAAUGACAAUGCUCCUAUAUUCCCAGCAGCUGAGCAAAUUCUCACGAUUCCUGAAUCUAGACUUCUGGACUCAUCUUUUCCGCUAGAGGGAGCCUCUGAUGAUGAUAUUGGUUCAAACUCUCACCUCAGCUACACAAUCAGUCCAAAUGAAUAUUUUACCUUAGAUGUUCAGAACAAUGAAAAACAUGGUGAGUCUUUAGUUCUUGUCUUAAAGAAACCUCUUGAUAGAGAAGUAAUCCAUAUAUACCAUUUGUUACUUACAGCCGCUGAUGCAGGUAAACCAGAGCAAACUGGCACUGUUCAACUUAUUAUCAAUGUGCUGGAUGCAAAUGAUAAUGCACCAUUGUUUAAUCAGUCUGUGUAUCAAGUAAAAGUCUUUGAAAAUACAAAAAAAGGAACAUUACUUAUCAGUCUGAAUGCAACAGAUCUUGAUGAGGGAAUUAACAAAGAAAUUACAUAUUCAAUUCGAAGUGUUAAUCCAAACAGUUUAGGAGCAUUGAUUAAUUUAGAUCCAAGCAAUGGACAAAUCAGAUUAAAUGGAGAAAUUGACUUUGAAAGCUUUAGGUUAGGUGAAAUUGGAGUAGAAGCAACAGACAAAGGUACACCCCCAAUGAAAGGACACUGCAAAGUUCUGAUUGAAGUGCUGGAUGUGAAUGACAAUGCUCCAGAGAUAUCUGUCUCAUCUUUGUCAGUGCCAGUGCCAGAGGACUCCCCCCUGGGAACAGUGGUGGCCCUGCUUAGCAUUUCUGAUAGAGACUUUGGUGCCAAUGGGAAAGUAAGCUGCUCCUUGUGGCCACCUGAGCUCCCCUUCAAGCUGUUGUCAAAUUUCAAGAAUUAUUAUUCUCUGGUUCUGUCUGAAACCCUGGAUCGAGAGCAAGUGUCUGAAUAUCAGGUGGUAGUACUGGCACAAGACCAAGGGGAGCCAUUGCUUUCAACCAGCAACAGCCUGGUUGUGCCCAUCAGUGACAUAAAUGAUAAUGCACCCACAUUCAUACAGGCCUCCUACACAAUCUUUGUAAAAGAGAACAACCCGCCUGGUGCUCACAUCUUCACAGUGUCUGCCUCAGACCCAGACAUGGCUGAAAAUGCCCUGAUCAGCUACUGGAUAGACGAGACACUCUGGCCUCUCUCAAGCUACAUCUCAGUGCAUUCAGAAAGUGGGAAGCUCUAUGCUUUGCAGCCUUUGGACUAUGAGGAGCUGAAGCUUCUGGAGUUCCAGGUGAGAGCCAAGGAUGCUGGGAUGCCUUCCUUGUGUGGCAAUGUGACAGUUCAGGUCUUUGUGGUGGAUGAGAAUGACAAUGCACCUGCAGCUUCUGGGCCAGAGCAGGGUCUAGCCAUGCUGGUGGUUCCCAUACCAGCUGGGCAUGUGGUGGGCAAGAUCCAUGCCUUAGAUGCUGACUCAGGCUACAAUGCAUGGCUGCGCUAUGAGCUGCAUGAAACAACAAAUGGACCCUGGCGGGUUGGACUGUACAGUGGAGAGAUCAGUACCACACGAACUCUGGAUGAAGCAGAGGGCAUUAACAGUCAGAAUAUUCUGGUGCUUGUAAAGGAUCAUGCCAAAACCACCCAAUCCUGACUGGCGUUAUUCUGCAUCCUUAAGAGCUG